UGCCUCUCCGCCACCUCGUCACGCCCAUCUCCUCUACCCCACUAAAUCUCGGGGGACAGCAGGAAGACCUCGGUCAGGCUUGCGUUUCUCCCAGUGUUUUCCCUUUGAAUCCAACUCCCAGAAGGGCGGGGACACCGCCUGGCUUUAGCAUGGGUUGCCCCGAGGUGUUUUGUUUGUGUAUCUGACCUGUCUCAUCUAUUUCCAACACGUGGAUUUGUUCAGAAGAAUAUCCAGCAAAAAAACACAAACAGCAAAACAACUAAACGCCAAAAACUGAUCCCAUGAAUUCUACUUUUUUUCCCCCUUUUUUUGCCUUCACCUUGGGCCGUGGUUUUUAGCACUGGGGAGGUUUCAUCCGAAGCAAUGUGUCCAGUUUUCCGGUAAUGUCCAAAAAAGAGGGAUGUGAAUGAGCGGAGGAGCCCGAGAGGAGGGUAAAAUUACGCACGCAGUGCAGGAAAUCACCUCAAGAAGAUGAAGCCUAAUAAAGGAAAGACUUACACUCGGGAGAGAGACUAUGUGUACACAUUCAAUGCUGGAAAUGAACAUUUCGUGCUCACUGUGCCUCUCAAAUUCCCUGUGCAAGAGAAUAUCAGUCAUUUGCACGGACGUCUGAUGGUUCUGCACAACCUACCAUGCUUUGUAGAAAAUGACCUGAAGCAAUCUCUGAACAAGUUCAUAGAAGAGGAAGCUAUAAAAGAUUACGAUAGAAAAGCUGAAGUGGCUCUGGAAGCAGUGAAAUCAGGAAAAGUAGACAUCAACCAGCUGGCAGAUACUUGGGCUAAAGCUUAUAAAGAGACAACGUUAGAACAUGCCAGACCUGAAGAAACCAGCUGGGAUGAAGAUUUUGCAGAUGUUUAUCAUGAUCUGAUACAUUCUCCAGCUUCUGAAAUGCUGUUAAACCUGGAGCACAAUUAUUUUGUCAGCAUCUCGGAAUUAAUAAGUGAAAGGGAUGUGGAACUGAAAAAACUACGAGAAAGACAAGGAGCAGAAAUGGAUAAGGUGAUGCAGGAGCUUGGGAAAUCACUGACUGACCAGGAUGUGAAUUCCUUAGCAGCUCAGCAUUUUGAAUCCCAGCAGGAUUUGGAGAACAAGUGGACUAAUGAAUUAAAACAGACUACUGCUAUCCAGAAGCAGGAAUAUCAGGAAUGGGUGAUAAAGCUUCAUCAGGACCUAAAGAAUCCCAACAACAGCUCAAUCGGUGAUGAAAUUAAGGUUCAGCCCAGUCAACUGAGAGAAUCUGUGGAAGGAAAUGGAAGAAUUUAUGAAGAACAAAGGCUGUUAGAAGAAAGCUUUACUAUUCACUUAGGAGCUCAGUUGAAGACCAUGCACAACUUGAGGUUGCUGAGAGCUGAUAUGUUGGAUUUCUGCAAACACAAGCGCAACCAUCGAAGUGGAGUGAAGCUUCACAGGCUUCAAACUGCAAUGUCUCUCUAUUCAACUUCUCUCUGUGGCAUGGUUUUGCUGGUGGACAACAGGAUCAGUUCAUACAGUGGGAUCAAAAGAGAUUUUGCAACUGUUUGCCAAGAAUGCACGGAUUUCCACUUUCCUGGAAUUCAAGAGCAGCUUGAAAUUGUCCAGAAAGUUGUACUUAAGGCCCGAGCACAGCGCAGCAGUAAGUCGAAAAGGCACCAUGAAAACAAAAUGAGUGGAAAUGAAGAUAAAUUAAAGAAUAUUGAACGAAACCAGUCCAAUAUUUUGCCGGGAGAAUUCUACAUCACACGCCAUUCCAAUCUGUCUGAAAUCCAUGUUGCUUUUCACCUGUGCGUGGAUGACAACGUGAGGUCUGUUAAUGUGACUGCUCGGGAUCCUGCAAUCAUGGGGCUCAGAAACAUCCUCAAAGUCUGCUGCACACACGACAUCACCACCAUCAGCAUUCCUCUCCUGCUGGUGCAUGAAAUGUCAGAAGAAAUGACCAUUCCAUGGUGCUUGAAGAGGGCGGAGCUCGUGUUCAAGUGUGUCAAAGGUUUCAUGAUGGAAAUGGCCUCAUGGGAUGGAGGAAUUUCUCGGACUGUACAAUUCCUGGUACCACAGACAAUUUCCGAGGAAAUGUUUUACCAACUGAGCAACAUGCUCCCCCAGAUCUUCAGAGUAUCCUCUACACUGACUCUGACCUCGAAGCACUGAAUUUUGAGGAGCAGAAAGCUGUAUCCUGUGGACAGAGGAUGAGAUUAAAGAGAUUCUGGACUAGAAUGUUUCUUUCUUGAGGGAUGAUGACCCUGAAAUGGUAUUUGUUGCAUUUUCAAGAAUCGUGUCAUCGUAAUAAAAGAUAAAUGCUGUCUGUACCUGGGCGUGAGCGGCUGA